AAAAAUUAUCGUAAACAACACGAAAAAAUGGCAAAAUCCGCGAUUUUAUGAGAAAAUCAGUGUUAAAUUGGAACAAAACAACAGAAAAAUUGUCGAAAAUCCUUGACCAAGUGCUGCUCCAUCGACGGCGUGUGUGUGAAUUACGUGCAAAAUUGGAUUACGAAUUGACAUCACAAAAAAUAAUAAUUCACAAGUGAAUGGAACAAAACGCAAUAAAAAACAUAAAAUUAGUGAAAAUUAUGGAAAAUGCGAUAAAAAUUAAUUACUGAAGAUAUUAAAAAAAAAAUUCAAAAGAAUCUCACGUUUAUUUUUUUGUAAAUAAUAAUUUUUAAGGAAAUUUUAAAGAAAAUCAGUGUAAAAAAAAUAAUUAAAAGACAAAAAGUCGAUAAAAAAAUAAGAAAAAUAAUUAAAAAUACAGAAAAAAAUAAAAUAAACACAAAAAAUGGCAUAUCACAAGCCAAUUGAUCUAGAUGGGUUCAUUGAGCUCAUGGGAAAGACUGAUAUGCGUGUCAGAGCGCAGCUAGCAGAUGACUUGGUAGCAUAUUUGCAGGAUGGAGACAACUCCAUAGAGUGCCUGGAUCUUGGAUCGCUCAUCGAUGGAUUGGUACUUUGGAUGAAUGGCAGUCAUUUUAAAAUCGCACAGCGAGCCCUUGAGUCAUACAUCGAGAUAAUCGGUCGACUGGAGCACGAUUUCAUCGCGUACGUCUCAACAGUACUCCCGCACGUGAUCGACCGCCUGGGCGACAACAAAGACACAGUGCGCGAAAAGGCGCAAGCUCUCCUCCAAAAGUUGCUGGAAUGCAAGGUGCUGACUCCGCAAACGCUCGUCGAUAAGCUCUCCGUGAAUUGCUUCAAACACAAAAACGCCAAAGUGCGCGAAGAGUUCCUCACCACGAUCGUGAGCACUUUGAACGAGUACGGAACCCAAUCGCUCGUCGUCAAAGCUUAUAUUCCGCCAAUCGUCCUGCUUCUGGGGGAUCCGCAUGUGUCGGUGCGCGAAUGUGCGCUGCAAACCUUGGUGGAUAUCUACAAACACGUCGGCGACAAAUUGCGAGCAGAUUUGAAGAAACGUGAUGUGCCGCCCGCCAAAAUGGCAACGUUAGAGCAGAAAUUCGACGAGGCACGAAAUGACGGCUUGUUACUCCCGUCAGCUUUUACCGCAAACACUUUUGGCUCGGAUGACGUCGAUAACGCGACAAUGCCGCGUCCCACGAAACUCGUGAAGCGAACGGUGUCGGCGACUCCGCGGAAAUUCGGAGGCGGUGGCGAUGCGACGCCCAGCAAUUUGGAAGCGGGCGCUGUGUCGGCGGAAAUUUUCGAGGCAUCCUUCGAACAAGUACCUGUAAUAAAUAUUUUCACGCAACGUGACAUGGACGACCAAAUGAAGCAAAUUAACACAAUUGUCGGCGAUAAGACGCAGCAUUGGGAGAAACGUGUCGAAGCGCUCAAGAAACUACGAACGAUGUUGAUGAUGAACGUUCAAACGAAUCCAAAUUUUCCGCAGCAACUAAAAGAUUUGUCAAUUUCAUUCCUCGACAUCUUGAAAGAGUUGCGAUCUCAGGUAAUUCGUGAAGCGUGCAUCACCCUUGCGUACAUGAGCAAAGUACUGAAGAACAAACUUGACCAGUUUUGCAUUUACAUUUUGCAAGAACUCAUUAACUUGAUACAAAAUUCCGCGAAAAUUAUCAGCAGUGCCGGCUUGAUUUCCCUCGAAUACAUCAUUCGCUAUACACACGCACCCAAAUUAGUGCCGAUUGUCACGCAAAAUCUCAUGCAAUCCAAGUCGAAAGACAUCCGUUCGGCAUUGUCGAAAAUUUUAAUUCUACUUUUUGAGGAGUGGCCGACGCGAGCUCUCGAGAAAAAUCAAACGAUAUUACGGGAUGCACUCAAAAAGGGAAUUGCGGAUGCCGAUAGUGAUGCCAGGAGAUACAGUAGAAUUGCAUUUUGGGGCUUUCGACGACACUUCCCAGAUUUGGCAGAUCAGCUUUUUGGCAACUUGGAUCCAUCGACACAGCGAAGCGUGGACAAAGAACGCGACGGAGGCGGAAGUUCAGGUGCAGUUUCGAUGAGUGCUAGUCUCCGCGGGAGCAAUACAAGUCUUAAUUCUAUGCCUGGUGGUGUUUUAAAACGCAGAACCUCAAGUGGAUUAAGAAGUCCCGCAGCGACUCAACCCUCAGUCGCUCCCGCUUCUACAAGUACAAGCACGGAAAAUCUCGCUGGCCGAUUUUCUCGUAUCCCAACGCUCCCCCGAAAUUAUAACAGAUUCCGUAGUGGCAUUCCCGUAAUGCAUCGUGACUCAAGUAACAUAAGAGCUGGAUUUCGUAGUGUUUCGGCUGUUGAUACUGCGGCUGCACAGAGAGCGCGCGCUAGAGCUCAAUAUUCCAAUAUGUCUCGAUUGAAAGUCAGUUCAGGAGCUGCUUCGUUACAGGGCCAAUAUGCACAACAAGCACGCGCCAAGAAACUUGCAGCUUCAUCGGCAACUCCCACACAGGCAUCACCUGAAAGGCAAGUUCGAACAAGUCGAGUGUCACAAUCGCAACCGACUUCUCGUAGCACAUCGCCAUCAUCCCGUCUCCACUCCGUACAUUCUGUAUACUCCGCUUACCGUCAAACCGGUGCCAUUCCCAAAAAGACAUCCGGUAUCCCGCGAUCUCUCGCCAAUUCACGUGAAACUAGUCCGACACGCAACUACGGAUCGCUCCGACGUAACGUUUAUGGCACCGGCGCCACGCCCCAGCGUCGUAACGAGCGACCUCCCAUGAAUCCGGGACGUCCUGUGCUCGCCCAAAAGAUGUUGCAAGCAAGUCGGGAGGCGGAAAAUGCUUUAGCUGACGCUUUGUCGCCGCAAGACGAACACGACAUGUCGAGCGAUUUCUCCCGUUUGGGCAUCCAUCGGAAACAAUCGCGUGACGAAAGCGACGAAAGUGAGGCUUCUUCGGUUUGCAGUGAACGCAGCUUCGAUUCGUAUCGCAGAGGAGGCGAACCUUAUUCGUGGAAUGGAUCGCGAUCGCGUUUGGAUAGCUCGCGUGUCGUUAUCGAGGAUAUCGAAGUGAUUAUCCAGUAUUGCGCGUCGAGUCAUUGGUCUGAGCGGAAAGAUGGGCUCAUCAGUCUCACGGAUUAUUUGUCGCAAGGACAGAUCCUGAAUUCGCAGCAACUUCAAUGCAUCCUCGAUUUGUUCCGGAAAAUGUUUAUGGAUCCUCAUGUCAAGGUCUAUGCGUUAUUUUUGGAUACGGUGAACGAAUUAAUUUUGGCGCAUUCGCAAGAUUUGCACGAUUGGCUCUUUAUUUUGCUGACACGACUUUUCAACAAGCUCGGAACGGACUUGCUAGCUUCAAUGCUGAGUAAAAUUUGGAAAACGCUCCAAUUGGUGUACGAAUAUUUCCCGGCGGACCUUCAAAUGUCGUGCGUUUUUCGAAUUUUAGCGGAUAACGUGCAAACGCCAAAUGUCAAGACGAAACAUGCAACUGUCAAAUUCCUCUCAGACCUCGCACAAAAGUAUUGCAAGCCCGAGCAGUUUGUGAGUUCGCCGCCAGCUGACAAGGCUAUGGUUAAAAUCAUUCAGUACGCCAUCGAUCCGAAGAGCAUGGAGCUAAGAGGCACCGCAAGACUUUGUAUUGUGCAUCUUUACAAUUGUAACACGGCGGCAAUGACGAUCCUUUUGAGCGGAUUGCCCAAACAAUCACAAGACACAGCGAAAAAUAUUAUCUCGUCGUCAAUUCGUAGAAGUACUUCAGGAACAAACAGUCCCUCGUCACCAUUAUCGUGCUCAAGUCCGAAGCCAGUUUUGAGUCCAUCGAGCAUCAGUGGACCGUUUUCUCUCAAAAAUCAUCCUAGUCCUCGAUCAUCUCGUCAGACGUCUGUCGAAGCAGAUUCCAUCAACACGGAAGAAGUUUACAAGCAUCUUCGUAAGACAACUGCUGAAAUUCAGAAUUACAGUUUCGAAAAUAAGUUGGAUCGUGAUGCGAAUAGCAAAGAUUCCGGCAUUAGUCAGAUGGGCGAUCAUGGGCAUAAUGAAAAUAAUUUGUUUUCGUUGCCGACGAAUGGUUAUAAUGGGCAUUUCGGACUUGACACUGGCGACUCCUGCAAUGGAUCAAAAACGCAGUCAGCAACGACAACAGAGUCAAAUACGCCGGAAAACACUGUUCGUAUGGAUGGCAUGGACGGCACUCGACAACAGCCAAAGAAACAUAACUUUACUAUUGGUGACAAUGGAGAAUUGGUUUUAACUGACAAAAAUCUCAAAGAAAGUGAAAUCGUGAAGACGGCCAUUACGUUAAAAGUUGAAGACGAUGCUGAAUUUAUCGUUCAAUCUCUCUCAAAUCUGGCUGUGUGCAUUAAAUACGGAAAUGGUGAAGUGCCGUCAAAGAAUUUUAAAGCGCUUUUAAAAAUGAUUUUAAGUUUAAUUGAGUCAAACAAUUCCCUUAUUGUGAUUGCUGCCCUACAAACGCUCAGUAAAAUAUUACGCAGUACUGAAAUGCAGCAAAGCUGGUCAAACUUUUUAGAGUUAAUUGUCUUAAAAUAUAUCGAUAACUAUAAGACGAGCAAGGAGGUCCAACGCGAGAUUGAUUUGAUGAUUCCACGAUUGGCGCGCGUCUUACCACUCGAACCAACAGUCGCCAUUUUAAAUCCCGUCAUCGCUACAGGCGAAUAUCCCUGCAAUUUGUGUGCAUUGAAGCUUUUAACGGAAAUCGUCGACACCCAAGGGCAAGAUAUGAACGAAGGGCAGUUGGAUUUAUUGAUGCCAAAUAUCGCAAGAUUAACCGAGGAUCAGCAGUCAAUGGUGCGCAAAGCAGCCGUUUUUUGUAUUGUCAAGUUGUAUGUUAAGAUGGGCGAGGACAAAGUCAAGCCGAAGCUUCAGCUAUUGAACUCUAGCAAAAUAAGAUUGUUGAACGUGUACAUCCAGAAAGCGCUAAGUGGGACAAAAUCGACAUCAUGAUCGACUCCUAAGUGAUUACUUUCGAAGGGACGGCGGCGAUUUGCGAAAAAAAUGCGAAAAAUAAAGCUUAGUAAGAAAAUUCAUGUCAUUCCCGAGUGAUAUUUUUUCCUCCAAAAAAAAUUUUUUUUUCUAUUUUGGGCCCAAAUUUUUUUUUUACAUACACAAAGAGAAAAUGUAAAGAGCAAUGAAAGACAAACAAACAAAAAAAAUAAUAAUAAAUAUCACUAACUACCUAUUUUUGGUCCACAAAAAAUUGUAACAAAAAAAAAUUAAAAAAAAAAACAAAAAAUAAGUCAUUACUGUUAAUUCAUAUUGCACUAAAAAAAACUUUUUUUUAAAUAUUAUGAUGAUUAUUCGUCUUUGUUAAAUCGUUUCAUAAGAAUAAGUCGAUGUUUCGUUACGUUUACGUGGUAAAUCUCAACUUUUUUUUUUAAC